AUGGUCCCAGAUAAAUUUGUUCUUGAUAUUUUGGAUUUGAACACUUCCCGUUAUACGGACAUCUCCAUAGCAAACGGGUUUUCUGAAAGAGACGCACACUUAUAUACUUGUAGGGAUUAUUUGCUGCAACCAACUUUGCUUGAUUCGGAUUUGAAGGGAUCUGACCUCAAAUAUUGUGCAAUCCCUUGCAAAGCAAGUCGACGCAAAAGACCUCAUCCCAUUGGUUUAGAAAAUAAAGGUGCCCACCCGUUAACCUCACCAAACUCAUCAUUGGUUGGGGCAAUGGUUUUACGAUACGCUGAGGUCGUCCAAGUGCACACAAGCCCUCGCGCUUGUCCUGAGGAUGUCCUCUCGAGAUUGAUCAAGUGGAAUGCCAGGAUGUCCACUCUUGACAAUGCUACAUCAAGAUGUGCGACCGAACAGGCGGCCGUGGCGCGUGGUGUUACUGUUUAA